GCAGAAUCCCAGGGACGGUUGCUGAGCGGGUCUGGGAUCCCGGUCGCGGCGCCUUCCGCCUGACCGCUCCUAGUCCAUCUGUUGGAUACCAAAAGACCUAACCUGAGCCCGCGCCGGACGGGCGGGCCGGGCUGAGAGAAUUCCCUGAGCUGGUGUCAGGUGCCACAAGCACUGGGGAACUCACCAGGAGAGGACGGACGGAGCUAGGGGCCACCAAGAUGGCGGACGAAACCUUAGCUGGGCUGGAUGAGGGAGCCCUGCGGAAGCUGUUGGAGGUCACAGCGGAUCUGGCAGAGCGGCGACGCAUCCGUUCGGCCAUUCGGGAGUUGCAGCGGCAGGAGUUGGAGCGCGAGGAGGAAGCCCUGGCAUCCAAGCGCUUCCGCGCUGAGCGGCAGGACAACAAGGAGAACUGGCUGCACUCUCAGCAGCGGGAGGCUGAGCAGCGGGCUGCUCUGGCACGGCUGGCAGGACGGCUGGAGUCCAUGAGUGAUGUGGAGGAGCUGACCGCUCUGCUACGAGGUGCCCCUGAGUAUGAGGAACGCAAGCUGAUCCGAGCUGCCAUCCGCCGCAUCCGGGCCCAGGAGAUUGAAGCUGCCACCUUGGCUGGAAGGCUGUGCAGCGGGCGUCCCAACAGUGGCUCAAGGGAGGACAGCAAGGGGCGGGCAUCACACAGGCUGGAACGGUGUGAGGUGCUGAAGCCACAGGAACAAGAGCACCAGGCAGAGGUCCCAGAGCCAACCCCAGCCCCAAAUGGCACCAGCCGGGAUGUGACCACAGUGACACUCCUGCUGCGGGCCCCACUUGGGAGCACACCCAGCUCACCUGCCUCACCUGAAAGUUCGCCCAGCACUACCUCUCCUGAGCCUCCACUGGAGUCUGCCAAGGCCCAGGGCCCUGCUGCCGAGGCUCUGGGCAGCCCUGAGCCACCUCCCAGUCCACCCAGGGCUCCCAGCCCUGAACCCCAGGAGCCUCCAGCCACCCUCAACAGUGACAGGCAGGUGGUCAACAAGCUCCUGCAUUGCCCCACAGAGCCCACUGCUGCCCAAGGCCCCACCAAAGGUCUCUCCGACACGAAGCGAGCAGACCCGGCUGGACCCCGCCCUUGCCAACGUUCCCUAUCCGUGCUAAGCCCCCGCCAGCCAGUCCAGAACCGAGAGCCCACCCCCCUUGCCGGUGGACCUUCCCCGUUCCAGCGUACUGGCUCCGUUCGAGACCGCGUGCGCAAGUUCACAUCUGAUUCUCCUAUGGCUGCUGGGCUCCAGGAAGGCCCACCCCGGGGAACCCUCGGUCCCUCAACCCCUGCAAGGCUCCCAGGCCCCUCCCACACCAGAGCCACCCCUGCCUCCUUCUCCUCCAGUGGCCCCUCCUCCCGGGGCCCCAGUGACACCUCCUCCCGGUUCAACAAGGAGCAGCAAGGAACAGCCUCCCAGCUUCAGAGCUGCCCCCGAGAGGACGGCCCCGGAGGGCGGGGCUUGGCUGCCAGGCCCCUUGAAAACAGAGCAGGGGGGCCCGUGGCCCGCUCAGAGGAACCCAGUGCCCCACUGCCCGUAGCCGUGGGCACUGCAGAGCCAGGGGCCAGUAUGAAGACCACGUUCACCAUCGAGAUCAAGGAUGGCCGGGGCCAGGCCUCCACAGGCCGGGUGCUUCUGCCCACAGGCAACCAGAGGGCAGAACUGACGCUGGGGCUGCGGGCGCCCCCCACCCUCCUUAGCACCAGCAGUGGGGGCAAGAGCACCAUCACCCAUAUCAGCAGCCCCGGGACUGUGGCCCGGCUGGGCACUGUCACUCACGUCACCAGCUUCAGCCAUGCCUCCCCCGGUAGCCAAGGAGGCUGCAGCCUUAAGAUGGAACCAGAACCAGCAGAGCCCCCCUCUGCAGCAGUGGAGGAGACCAAUGGCGCCGAGCAGACACGAGUGGACAAAGCACCAGAGAGGAGGAGCCCACUGAGAGCCGAGGAGCUGAUGGCUAUAGAAGAUGAGGGUGUCCUGGACAAGAUGCUGGAUCAGACUACAGACUUUGAGGAGCGGAAGCUCAUCCGGGCCGCACUGCGUGAGCUCCGACAAAGAAAGAGAGACCAGCGGGACAAGGAACGGGAACGGCGGCUGCAAGAGGCACGGGCCCGGCCCGGGGAGGACCGUGGCAACACAGCCACCAAGACUACCAUGCGGCACAGCCAGCAGACAGCUGACGGCUCAGCUGUCAGCACUGUCACCAAGACCGAGAGGCUCGUCCACUCCAAUGAUGGCACACGGACGGCCCGCACCACAGUGGAGUCAAGUUUCGUGAGGCGCUCGGAGAAUGGUGGUGGCAGCACUAUGAUGCAAACCAAGACCUUUUCCUCUUCAUCAUCCAAGAAGAUGGGCAGUAUCUUUGACCGGGAGGAUGAGGCCAGCCCACGGCCUGGCAGCCUAGCGGCCCUAGAGAAACGUCAAGCUGAGAAGAAAGAGCUGAUGAAGGCACAGAGCCUGCCCAAGACCUCCGCCUCCCAGGCGCGGAAGGCCAUGAUUGAGAAGCUGGAGAAAGAAGGCGCCGCGGGCAGCCCUGGCGGACCCCGCGCAGCUGUGCAGCGCUCCACCAGUUUUGGGGUCCCCAACGCCAACAGCAUCAAGCAGAUGUUGCUGGACUGGUGCCGAGCCAAGACGCGGGGCUAUGAGCAUGUGGACAUCCAGAACUUCUCCUCAAGUUGGAGUGAUGGGAUGGCCUUCUGUGCCCUGGUGCACAACUUCUUCCCUGAGGCCUUUGACUAUGGGCAGCUCAGCCCACAGAAUCGGCGCCAGAACUUUGAGGUGGCCUUCUCAUCUGCCGAGACCCAUGCGGACUGCCCGCAGCUCCUGGACACAGAGGACAUGGUGCGGCUUCGAGAGCCUGACUGGAAGUGCGUGUACACGUACAUCCAGGAGUUCUACCGCUGUCUGGUCCAGAAGGGGCUGGUAAAAACCAAAAAGUCCUAACCCCUGCUUGGGGCCCCACGGAUGCUGGUGGACUGCGUGCCCCUGGUGGAGGUGGAGGACAUGAUGAUCAUGGGCAAGAAGCCCGACCCCAAAUGCGUCUUCACCUAUGUGCAGUCGCUAUACAACCACCUGCGGCGCCACGAGCUGCGCCUGCGCGGCAAGAAUGUCUAGCUUCCCAGCCCGCACGGCUGCCCGCCCGCGGCAAGCUGCCCGCACCACACAGGCACCGUCCCCUCCCUGUGUGCCUGCCCACCGCUGCCCUGUCUGUCGCGACACCCUCCCACGCAUACACGCAGCGUUUUGAUAAAUUAUUGGUUUUCAACGA